AUGCCUCCUCGCAGAAACAACAACAAUAACAACAACGCAAAUGCGACCCCCAUAUCUAUCCUACCAAUUCACAACCAGAACCUCCCAGUCGCCCGCCAACAAGCACCUUUUCAUCGGCGACAUAGACACAGGCGUGCUCUACCUUGGUUCAGACGCGGCGAGGAUGUCUGGCGCUCUCGCCUAGAAACCGCAAGUCACAUUGGGAUAUGUCUCGCCGCCUUUAUAACACUUAUUUUCUUCCUUCGACGAGGCCCUGUAGAGCAGUGA